GUGAUUCUCGCAUCGUGGGUUCCUAUGUUGGCAAAGCAAAGGAGACGACAAUUAGGACAGUAUUAAAAUCGGAGCUUAAAUCUCAAGUGAUCAUGACUGAACAUGCUGAUAAGAACAAGAUUAUAUUUCUUUACAUUUUACACACAGAUCACGGACAUUUUUCAACCCUAUGAAAAUUAUGAAUGUUGAUGACAAAUCAUGGAAAUCAUUCAACCCUAACCCUAAUUUAAGAAAUCAUGCAACUCUAACUGUUGCAUGGUUUUACACACAGAUCAUGGACAUUGCUCAACCCUAUGAAAAUUAUGAAUGUGGAUGACAAAUUAGGAAAUCAUUCAACCCUAACCCUAAUUUAAGAAAUCAUGCAACCCUAACUGUUGCAUCUCAAUAUGCACAAAAAUGAUAAUAAUCAAGAAUGACUAAAACCAAUUAUUCAGGAUUGAUUCCAGAAAUCAACUUUGUAAAACAUCUAUGAUUACAUACGUUGUGGUUGAGUUUGAAAAAGAGAAGACAGUGGCAAUUGUUUGCCGAACAUGGAUUGUGGCAGAUGGAAAUGGAUUGAGCUGCUAUUGGCCUCCAUCUGAGCCAUCCAAGAAGGCAAAGAAUGGAGAACUGCCAGAUGCCAAGACUUGGAAACUUUUCAAGAUAAGAAUUUUAGAAAAAUCGUUUACAUCAAAUUACCAAAAAGCCUUGAAGUACCUGAAACGUGCCGAGGAGCUUUCAAAUGUUGAAACAGAUGGGGACUCCCAAAUGAUAAAAAAAAGAGCACACAAGCGACCAAGUCGUUUUGAAAGCGACACUGAGGAUGAAUUGGUCACACCAAAGCGUCCUCGUUUCCAAUGUAUGGCUGGAAACAGACCACAAGCUCCAGUCUUCGAGGAGAAUAGGCAACAGCACAAGCCACAAGACAGCAGAAAUGCUACAACACCUUGCCCAUCAACAUCAGCAUUGUCCUGUAAAACUGGAUGUCAGGGGACUGAUGAUAAAGAGCAAAAUUACCUCACACUUAAUAGAAAACUUGAUGAAGUCAUAAGAGAGCUGCGUCAGUUACGGGAAAUCAUACUGCAACAGCAACAGCAGCAAGAAGUUGAAGAACAGGCCAACAUUGAACAGAUGCAGACAGAAGAGCAGCUGUCUGCAUUCUGUGUAAAACUGACUCAAGAAAGUCAAUUUAGAAAAUCCAUGAUGGCAUUCAGUGUGAGACUGUGUUCUGGCACAGUUGGCCAAUCAGUCAGAAGAAUAAUGCGGGCAAUCGGAACAAAUAUGCUAUGGUCCAAAUACAGCCUGAAAGGAAGAAAGGGGAAAAGUGUGUUUCAGGACCUUUCUGUGAUGCGACUGAUCACAAGAGCAUGCCUUCAAACAUUUAAGACAGCCAAGAUGCCAGAGAUAGAGGGAGAGGUGGCAGAGUUUUUGAAGCAUGCCCCGCAUAAACGUGGAGGACCAAAAACCCUCAGGGUAAUUAUCUGCAUGCAGUAUGUAUAUUAAGUGCAUAUGAAUAAUAACUGAAAUAGUGUGUGUGUGUACGUUUUUAUUCUUUAACCUGAAUGCACACUGAUUUAUGGGGACUUGUGUCACCGUGGGGACCUAAAUUGAGGUCCCUAUGAGGAAACAAGCUUAUAAUCAUACAGAAUGAGGUUUUUGAACGUGUAAAAAUGCAGUAAAAGAUAUCGUGCACUUUCGGUUUCACAACUUUGCAGAUCAGUUACAUUCACAGACCGCUACAUUACACACUGCAUGAAAGGUACUAUUUGAAAAUGCAUAAUAGGGGCACUUUAAGGUAAAUUAAAAUGCUUGCAAAUGUUAAACUUAAAAUGUUUAAACUUUUAAAUGUUAUUAAACAAUUCAUAUUAUCAUGCACUUCUUGAAAAUAUUCAUGUCAUUAAACUU